UCAAUAAAGAUUGUUGGGGAAAAAAAAGAACAUCGACAAGGCUACGUCUCCACGACAAAAAUAGCCUCCAUCGACUCACCUUUUUUUCUGAAAUAGUCGCAAACGUACGGUUUUGAUACGCGACUUCCCGACACUACUUGAUUGGAGGAAAACAUUUUUAAUGAAACGUUCGCGUCUCGAUAAACUCGUCUCAGUGUACGUGAAGUGUCUCGGCCUAGCUCAUUUUAGCCUAGCUUGCUAUCCUGCCAACAAAGAGACGCGCUUGCCAUCUGCAAAUCGCUCAGCAGAGAUCAAACUUGAUCGUAAAGUGCUGUGAUCAUCGCGGGAAAUGUGUGACAGACGUGUGAAAGAAGAGAACGCGGAGGUACUUUGUGGACAGAAAGAGGCGGACAGCGAACGACAACGCCAACCACUGGACUCUGUUUCCGAGAAGCCUUACCGUGCAGACAUCAGUGAUGUCGACCAUCGUCUUGACCAGCCACAAACCCCUCACGUAAAAGUGGAAGAGCAAGAGGCAGACAUCACAAAGUUUCCACUGACCCCUGUCGCUGUGAAGAGUGAAGAAAGUGAUGAAGACAACUAUGAAGGCUCUCAAGCAGACAGCCUUUUCGCUCCGCUGUCAGAUAGUGACGACUUGACAUCACACUCUUCUAACACCGAUGAUGGUGAACGCUCGAAAGGUGACUGGACAUGUCGUGCUCGCAAGAAACGCUCAGAAUGUUCUCAGUGUGGGAAGACUUUUGUUGCAAAGUGGGGUUUAAUAAUUCACAUGAGAAAGCAUACAGGCGAAAAACCUUUUGUCUGCUCAAUUUGUGGUAAAGGCUUUGUUGUAAAGAAUAGCUUAAUAAGUCACUCAAGAACACACACUGGAGAGAAACCUUUUGGCUGUUUAGUUUGUGGUAAGAAAUAUUCUGAAAAAGGACAUUUAAGAACACAUUCACGAAAGCACACUGGCGAGAGACCUUUUGUAUGCUCAUUUUGUGGGAAAAAAUUCUCUGCAAAAAGCAAUUUAACAGUACACGUAAGAACACACACUGGUGAGAAACGUUUUGUAUGCUCAGUUUGUGGUAAAAGCUUCUCUGUGAAGGAUAGUUUAUUAACUCACACGCGAACGCACACCGGCGAGAAACCUUUUGCCUGCUCAGUUUGCGGGAAAAAAUUCUCUGUAAAAAGCAAUUUAACAGCACACAUAAGAACACACAUUGGCGAGAAACCUUUUGCCUGCUCAGUUUGUGGGAAACAAUUCUAUGUAAAAUGCAAUUUAACAUCACACAAAAGUGGUAAAAUUAAUAUAAAGCAUUUUCCUUGCUCAGUCUGAAAUUGAAGUUUCAUGUUUAUUCAGCAUCAGCUGGCGAUAAAAGCAUUCACUUGGAGUGCACGAUCUCAACUCAACUGUAUUUAUAGAGGACUUUCAAACAGCCAUCGCUGCACACAAAGUGCUGUACAUGGAGCAACUAACAUUUAUUGUAAAGCAACAAAUCAGUAACAAAGACCAUAGAAAGCACCCAACAGCAAAACGAAGAAGAAAUCUGAGUCAUGCUGAGUCAAAUGCCAAAGAAUACAAGUGAGUUUUGAGGCGGGUUUUAAAGAUGGGCAGCGAGGAGGCUUGCCAAAUGUUCAAUAAACCAAUCUCUUGUCAUUGUGAGACAAACAAGUGUACUGAUGGCAAGAGGAGCAGGAAAUUACAUUUCAAAUAAAUUGUAAAGAAACUUGAA